GUGGAGUACGUUGUGGCGCUUACGCAAGUAUUUGGAAUAGGCUGGUGCUUAGUUUUUCCAUUUUUAUACUUCGAAUCGACUCAACUAGUUGCUGAGUACGUGCUUGCUGGAGUUAUUUCGACACAGGGUUUACUAAUUUUCAUUGUUCGCGGUGGUAUUGUACAAACUCUCAAACAGAAAUUUCUAAACAGAUCACCCAAUCUAUCUGCGUGGUAUCAAUCAUUAUCAGAAUCAUCCUCUGGCAAUACGUCUCCUACUCUACAAAAAGACAGUUUCAGGACCGAGUUGGAAGAAGCAAUUCGUCGGUUUUUUGAGAAGAAGAGAACAAGUAAUACUGCGCGACCUCUAUCAAGAAAAAUCUCUUUUACGACCGAGUUACAAACAGAGAUUG